CUUGGCUGGGAAAGUGGGAGGUGGCGGCGGCGUGUGUGUGCGCGCGUGAGGGGGCCAGCGGAGAGGAGUCUCCGGUGCGGCCGCCGCGUCAGAGACAUUGCGAGCCGCGAGCGCCGCGGGGCCGCAUCCGCAUCGGCCGCAGCCACCGCUGCGGGGCCGCGAACAAAGAGGAGGAACCGAGGCGCGAGAGAGAAGUCUGAAAUGGAUGUUACAUGAAUCACUUUAAGGGCAGCGUACAACUAUGAAUAUUUCUGAAGCUUUUUCUCAGUAAACUAGAUAAAGAUGGAUGAAUCUGCCUUGCUGGAUCUUCUGGAGUGUCCUGUGUGUCUAGAGCGGCUCGAUGCUUCUGCCAAGGUUUUGCCCUGCCAACACACGUUUUGCAAACGAUGUUUGCUGGGGAUUGUAGGUUCCCGAAAUGAACUCAGAUGCCCCGAGUGCCGGACUCUCGUUGGCUCGGGUGUUGAGGAACUUCCAAGUAACAUCCUGCUGGUCAGACUUCUGGAUGGUAUCAAGCAGAGGCCUUGGAAGCCUGGCCCUGGUGGGGGCAGCGGGACGAACUGCACAAAUGCUUUGAGAGUUCAGAGCAGCUCUAUGGCUAACUGCAGCUCAAAAGACCUGCAGAGCUCCCAGAGCGGACAGCAGCCACGGGUGCAAGCCUGGAGCCCCCCAGUGAGGGGUAUACCUCAGUUACCAUGUGCCAAAGCAUUAUACAACUACGAAGGGAAAGAGCCCGGAGACCUUAAAUUCAGCAAAGGUGACAUCAUCAUUUUGCGGCGACAAGUGGAUGAAAAUUGGUACCAUGGGGAAGUCAAUGGGAUCCACGGCUUUUUCCCCACCAACUUUGUGCAGAUUAUCAAACCGUUACCUCAGCCCCCACCGCAGUGCAAAGCACUGUAUGACUUUGAGGUGAAAGACAAGGAAGCAGACAAAGAUUGCCUUCCAUUUGCAAAGGAUGAUGUUCUGACUGUGAUCCGCAGAGUGGAUGAAAACUGGGCUGAAGGCAUGCUGGCAGACAAAAUAGGAAUAUUCCCAAUUUCAUAUGUUGAGUUUAACUCAGCUGCUAAGCAGCUGAUAGAAUGGGAUAAGCCUCCUGUGCCAGGAGCUGACGUUGGAGAAGGUACCUCGGCAGCAGCUCAGAGCAGCACUGGCCCAAAGCACUCCGACACCAAGAAGAACACCAAAAAGCGACACUCCUUCACGUCCCUCACCAUGGCCAACAAGUCCUCCCAGGCGUCCCAGAACCGCCACUCCAUGGAGAUCAGCCCCCCGGUCCUCAUCAGCUCCAGCAACCCCACCGCGGCCGCGCGGAUCAGCGAGCUGUCCGGUCUCUCCUGCAGCGCCCCUUCUCAGGUUCAUAUAAGUACCACCGGGUUGAUUGUGACCCCACCCCCAAGCAGCCCAGUGACAACUGGCCCUUCGUUCACAUUCCCAUCAGAUGCUCCCUACACAGCUGCGCUUGGAACUCUGAAUCCUCCCCUUCCCCCGCCCCCUCUCCUGGCCUCCACGCCACCCGGUGCUGCUGCUGCUGCCGCUGCUGCUGCUGGUAUGGGACCGAGGCCCACAGCGGGACCCGCUGACCAGAUCGCACAUUUACGACCUCAGACUCGCCCCAGCGUGUAUGUUGCUAUAUAUCCAUAUGCUCCCCGGAAAGAGGAUGAGCUGGAGCUCAGAAAAGGGGAGAUGUUUUUAGUGUUUGAACGUUGCCAGGAUGGCUGGUUCAAAGGGACGUCGAUGCAUACCAGCAAGAUAGGGGUUUUCCCUGGUAAUUAUGUGGCACCAGUCACAAGGGCAGUAACAAAUGCUUCCCAAGCUAAAGUCCCUAUGUCUACAGCUGGUCAGACAAGUCGGGGGGUGACCAUGGUCAGUCCUUCCACUGCAGGAGGGUCUUCCCAGAAGCUCCAGGGCAAUGGUAUGGCUGGGAGUCCCAGUCUUGUCCCCACAGCCGUGGUGUCAGCAGCUCACGUCCACACAAGUCCGCAGGCCAAGGUCUUGUUGAACAUGACGGGGCAGAUGACAGUCAACCAGGCCCGCAAUGCUGUGAGGACAGUUUUGGCACACAACCAAGAACGCCCUACAGCAGCAGUGACACCCAUCCAAGUACAGAACGCCACGGGCGUGGGGCCUGCAGCUGUGGGCCUGUCCCAUCAUCCCAUGGCCUCACCGGUUGUGGUACAACCUCCGCCUCCAGUGGCUGCUGUCAACGUGGGUCGGGCCAGCGGCCCCCUGGCCUGUGCUCCAGCUGCUCCGAUGACCUCGCCGAGCGUCGCCUCCGCCUCUCUAGAGACCGAGCCCAGUAGCCAGAUAAUGGCCAUUCUCUCUGGACUUCCCACCUCUCCUGACAGUGCUUCAUCCGCUUGUGGGAGCAGUUCAGCAGCCAAACCAGACAAGGAUAGUAAAAAAGAAAGAAAGGGUUUGUUGAAGUUGCUGUCUGGCGCCUCCACCAAACGGAAGCCCCGAAUGUCCCCUCCAGCCUCACCCACCCUGGAAGUGGAGCUGAGUGGCAGCGAGGUGCCACUGCAGGGAGCCGUGGGUCCCGAGCUGCCGCUGGGGGGUGCCCACGGCAGGGCCGGCUCCUGCCCCUCCGACGGGGACGGCCCCGCCUCCACAGUGGCCGCAGGAGCAGCUCUGGCCCAGGAGGCUCUUCAUCGCAAGACUAGCUCCCUGGACUCUUCCGUUCCCAUCGCCCCACCUCCUCGGCAGCCGUGCUCCUCCCUGGGCUCCGUCAUGAGUGAGUCUAGGCCUGUUGUUUGCGAAAGGCACAGGGUGGUGGUUUCCUAUCCUCCUCAGAGUGAGGCCGAACUUGAACUCAAGGAAGGAGAUAUUGUGUUUGUCCAUAAAAAACGAGAGGAUGGCUGGUUCAAAGGCACGUUACAACGUAAUGGGAAAACUGGCCUUUUCCCAGGAAGCUUUGUGGAAAACAUCUGAGGAGGCUAACACUGAGGAAGCUUACAAUCCUAUCACGCAACAAAAUAGCACAACGCAAUGUAAUGGAAAGAGCACAUUUGUGGACUUCCAGAUGGUCAGGAGAUGAGCGGAGGAUUGGCGUGAGACCCCAGUGCCCCGGCACGUUUAGGCCAGCAGGCAGCGUGAAGAAGGCCUGUAUGUGGUCUUUGUCACUCUGGAUUCUGAUGUGUAAGGUGUGCCUUGUACUGUCUGAUUUACUUUACAGAGAAACCUUUUUUGUUUUUUUUAAAGAGAUAUAGCUAAAAUGGACAAUUGUUUACAAGGCUUAACUAAUUUAUUUGCUUUUUUUAAACUUGAAUUUUUCUCAUAGAUAAAUUCUUUGGAUUAUGAUUUUAAGGAAUUAUUAAUUUAUGAAAUGAUAGCUAAGGAGAAGCUGGAUUAUCUCCUGUCGAGAGCAAGAGAAUCCUUUUAACAGAGAAUGAACCCCUCCUUUCCCCAUACCGGUGUUGGGAUUUUUUGUUUUGUUGGGGUUUUUUUGUUUGUUUGUUUAUUUUUGGCUUUUUCUUUUUUUAACAGAAAUGCCAGUUCUCUGAUUUGGUAUUCCUCUUCAGGAAACCAAAACAUGCCACUGAAUCAGUAUCAGUAAGGGCCUGGGGUUCGGGAGACAGAAACUUGAGAAAAGAGAAGUUAACGAUUACCUGUCUUUCUGGUUUGGUCAGGGAUCGCCCUUUAGACCUAGUCCUCAAUUUAAUAAUGUGGGUUUUUAAUUUUUCCGGAAAGAAAUCAAUGAAAGGACAAGGAAGAGUAAAGCACAACCUUUAAACAAAAAUGUAUUCAGAAAUUUAUUUAGUUUUACAAGAGAAGCAGCUCCAUCCAUUGGUUGGAAAUUGGAAAACUUGCAGUUGUAUUCCUGUCUGAGAAUGGCUAUGGAAUGUAAGCCACCCAUUUUCCCUUAAGUGGUCUGCAUGCCCAGGACACAGUAAAGCGUCUGUGAGAUAGUGGUGGUCAGUGAUGCCCUUGUGCUGAAGUCAAAGGCUGUAAGAAACACUGUGAAAAGUUUACAUUCAUCCAUCGUGAGUCUCCUCCCACCGUUUUGCAUGUGUUCCUGGAUUCCCACAGUGAUCUAGGCUGUGCAUGGUCUGUGUAGUUCAUUGCAAUUUCCUGUUGAGGUGAGUUUGCCCUCGGAGUUGACCAACACAGGAACUGAAAAAUAAACAGUACUCUUUUCUUCCCCAAAGCCACUACUGACCAGUUUCUCUGAGUGCACUCCCUCCCUUCCUGGCUAAGGUGUCCAUCAGCCAUGACAUGAAGUCAUUAGUGAAAAGGGUCCUUUAUCUGUCCCCGCAGCUGACGGAUGUCGGGGGGAGGCGGGAUCUCCGGGAACUGUUCUCUUGCAGCUCGGGGAGGCUUGGCUCGCCGGAGAGUGCCCGCACCUUGCAAUUGUGGCAGGAUCCAGCUGAGCCUGUCUUUUUAUAUCCAUUCUUUGAUGUCAUUGGCCUCUUAUCCCAUUUCGCUCCCGUGCCACGCAGUCAUGGGUCUGGGCCAUCCUAAAACACACAAGGAGGGAAGACAGCCUCGUAGUGAAUGAAAUCAUUGCCACAGUUUUCUCAUGAACAAACACACACAAAAACUUUUUCAUUUCUUUUAAGAAUUACAACUGGGAAAUAGAAAUACGAACUGAAAAGUCUUCUUGCAAUAGCAAGAGGUUUCAUGGUCUUAAAAAGAUAUAUUAUGUGGUUGAAGUGAAAUCAUUCCUAAAUUAACCAUUUUUUAUAAGACACUGUACAUUAUGUUCCUGUGUGUUGAAUUUUUAAAAAAUACUUUACUUGGAUAUUCAUGUAAUAUAUAAAGGUUUGGUGAAAUAAACUUUAGUUAGAAAAAAAAGCUGACAUCAGCUUUCAUCUGUGUAAGUUGACACCAAUGUGUCAUAAUAUUCUUUAUUUUGGGAAAUUAGUGUAUUUUAUAAAAAUUUUAAAAAGUAAAAAGACUACUACAGGUUAAGAUAAUUUUUUACCUGUCUUUUCUCCAUAUUUUAAGCUAUGUGAUUGGAGUACCUCUGUUAAUAGUUUCCUGGUAUAAAGUUGGUUAAAAUUUCAUCUGUUAAUAGAUCACCUAGAUAAUAUAAUGUAUGGGUUUUCUAUUUUUUUUUUUUUUUGAGACAAUAGAUGGAGAUUUUGUAACAAGGGCUUGUUACACAUUGAUAGGGUAAUGAUAAAAUUGCAAUUUAUCAUGUUAAUAAUUUGAAGACUGGA